AUGUCGUCGUGUAAAAAGCACACCUUUGUGGCUUCUCUGAAAGAACGCCUGAACCUCAUGACAGCCUUAUGCUGCUACCCUGGACAUUAUCCACUACAUUCUCCUUGGCAUCUCUGCUCUCAGCGUUCUCACCGCACUUUUGUUUGGCAUCCUGUGCUUCAAAAGUCGGUGGGGGUGAUUCCACCGUUGGACAAUUCUGCAGAAACACGUCUACAUGAACAGAAAAGCAGACAGAAUGUUCGAUUACUGUGGAGACCAUCGCAACAGAACCCACAGAUUACAAGGACAGACCUGAACCUGAUGCAGCUGAUCAAAGCUGGGAGAGAAGGCGCGUUCUACAAAGCAAGGAUGUUGCGGGGAACCUGCAAAGGUCACUCACUUGUCACCUGCAAAAUUGCAAAAGAAGGAGUCACUUCAAAGCAAAUAGAGGCUGAAGUGUCGAUAAUGAGGAAGUUGGUGCACCAUAAGAAUGUGCUUCAGCUGCUCGACUGGAACACUGCUGAAGAGCCCUUCCUAUUGAUCAUGGAGUAUGUUAGUUUUGGGACCCUACGCAGCUUUGUGCAGACACAUCAUGACAAGCUGAGUGCUGACCCUGAGAUCCAGAACCUUUUUGCUAUCGCCGCCUAUCACAUCGCUCUGGCCAUGGAACACUUGCGCUCCAAAAUGGUGGUACACUGUGACCUUGCUUUAAGGAAUAUUCUGGUGAGCCGUUUCCCCUGGGAAAUCAAAGUGGCGGAGUUUGGUUUGGCCAGAGACUUGACGCGUAUGAGAAGUAGACGCAGCACCAGGAAAAAGCACCAGAAGGAACGAGUGCCCCUGCGCUGGUAUCCUCCUGAAUAUUUCCGGAACAGCUACUACAGCUUCAAGGGGGAUGUGUGGGCUUUUGGUAUCGUGUUAUGGGAAAUGCAGACAUUUGGCAGUCUGCCCUAUCCCAGUUUAGAGACUUCAGAUCAAGUGGUGUAUCACAUUUGUGCUGGAACCAGAAACGUCGGACCUGACAGCUGCCGACCAGAGAUACUGCAGAUAAUGAAGGAUUGCUGGUUGGAGCCGUAUACAGCCAGACCCUCCUUUAUGGAGCUCGUCAGAGUUCUGGAGAGUAUAAUUGAGAACGAUUCGGAUUAUGUGGAUGUUGUAGACCAAAGACUGAGUUUAACAGAAGACUGAAUACUCAACAUCAUAGUCAAGUUGGAGUCCAAAAGCAUGUUGAGGAUCAGCAUCUUUUCCUGCUGGCCGACAGGAGUCACCUGAUUGCACUAAUGAGUUUACCUUGUGAGCAUGGAUAGAGGACCUGCCUGAUAACACUUUGGCUGGAUGUCAAACGCCCACUUCUCACUGGAUAGCCGUAUGAGUUGAAGCCUUGCUGAACAGUUUGACAGUGUGGAGACCUUUGUUUGUUUGUUUAUGGGUGUUUUCACUUUUGGGUUCUUUUAGCAUUCCAUGUAGUCUCGGACCAAUGACCCCAUUUCUGUGCUUACAUAAACACAACAGAUUAACUUGGGGGGGGGGCCUUUAAAACAACCCACCAGUGAACUGUACUCCAGUCAACUCUAGAGAUGGUCUUUGUACCUUUCUAUGGUCCACUUGAUUCAUAUCUUGUGAAAACAACAAAGUGAUCCCAGUCUGCGUCGUGUUUGCUUUACAGCUAAAGAAUUUGAAGCUUGCUGCCCAAAUGUAGCUGCAACUUUCUCUCACUUUGCAGAGAAUACUAUGAGUGUCAGUGUGGGGACACAGCAAUGUAAGUGCUGUUAGGUAGCAACAUGACAGAUGACAGUGUUAAAAGGCUAAUAGAGGCAUUGUGGCACUUGCAAUAAUGCUAUUGAGGUUAAGUAUUUAAGAAGCGGUCGUAAAAAUAAAAGCCUGAUAUUUGAACAAUAGUUCCGUAUAGUGUGUAGUGUAUGCAUGUAUUUUUUGUCUUUGCUAAACUCUUAUAUAAGAGUCACAAAUGGGUCUAUGGUAUGAAGAAUUAGUUGGCUUUGAUGGUCCUGCAACAAAAUUGCCUCUCCUCAUUGCUUUUUCUCCAGACGCUCCAAUUCUGUUUUCAAACCAUGAUGAAUAACAUUAUCUGUCUCGCACAGCUGGGCUUUGAAUUCUGCAGCAGCUGUGGCGUGAACGGCUAAAUGCUCCUAGAGCAGAUCUGUGGUCUAGCUAUGGAUGGAGUCCUUUUUUGAGUCCACGUCUAUCAUGAAGAGCAACAUGGUGGUGCAGUAGUUAGCACGGUCACCUCACAGCAAGCAGGUUCUGGAUUCAAACCUGCCCGUGCUUAUGUGGGUUUCCUCCCACAGUCCAAAGACGUGUAGAUUAGGUCAACUGGCUACUCUACAUUGCCCACUGUUAAAAUGAGUGUGAGUGGCUGGCUGGCUCUCUCUCUGCGUUAACCCCAUGAGGGAUUGGCAACCUGACCAGGUUGCCUAUGUCAACUGGGAUCGGCUCCAGCUCACCUGUGACCUGCAAUGGAUGGAUGGAUCAUGAACACCAAAAGCACUGAGGUCAUUUGCAGAUAAUUCCCUUUUUGGGUCUACUUUAACAGUAUGGUUUUAUUUAAAAGUAACUCUCUAUGGGGGUAGUGCAGUGGUUAGCACUGUCGCCUCACAGCAAGUAGGUUCUGGGUUCAAGCCCAGUAGCUGACAGGGGUCUUUCUGUGUGGAGUUUGCAUGUUGUUAUUUUGUUUAUUUGUAUAGCGCUUUUAACAACAGGCAUUGUCGCAAAGCAGCUUGACAGAAAAUUAAACACUUUAAACAUGA